CGCAAACACGAGGCGCACUCCGCUUUUACGCGCGGAUGUUGGUUCAAAGAGCCAAACCACAUUUACGCAUGGCGUUGUCGACGGUUUCAAGGAGGCGCGUCCUGGCCGAGGAGAGCUUGUCAGCGCGUGAAGAGCGGGAUAAAAAGUGAGGAACGAUGCGGGGCACGGAUCUGCUGCUCGCGUACUUUCUGGUGAAAGUUCUGGUGUGCGAUGCGGGAGGCGAGCCGGGCCAGCGCGUGGAAGACUUCACGGUCACCGGCUUUAACGAGUCCAAAGAAGAGCAGAGAGGAGUCACGGAGAGCCUGCACACGGAGGAUAAGUGCCGUGGGUACUACGACGUGAUGGGCCAGUGGGACCCGCCGUUCGUGUGCAGGACGGGCAGCUACCUGUACUGCUGCGGCACCUGUGGCUUCAGGUUCUGCUGCGCCUUCAGGAGCUCCCGGCUCGACCAGACCACCUGCAAGAACUACGACACCCCGCCGUGGAUGAUGACCGGCAGACCCCCACCCAAAGUGGACGUGGCUGUGGACACAGCCAAGGAUAAAAGCAACCUCAUCGUGUAUGUCAUCUGUGGGGUCGUGGCGAUCAUGGCACUGGUGGGGAUUUUCACCAAGCUCGGUUUGGAAAAGACGCAGCGGCCGCACAGAGAGAACAUGUCCAGGGCUAUUGCACACGUGAUCCGCCAUCCCGCUUCGGAACACGGCGACGACAUUGGACUGCGUGAUCAGCACUAUGAGAACAUACAGAGCAGGGCAACAGCUAACAGUCUCUAUGGCAGCCAGAUGAACAACGCGUCUCAAGGAUCACCUCUAACGCAGCCUUACCCGGCUGUGGAGCAGAUCACCAGCCCCUACGACGAACUGAAGCCCGGUGAGGAGCUCAGUACGUACGCCACGCUCAAAGCCGUGGCGGAGAAAGCUAACGAUGGCUUCUACGGUAACCGCCGGCUCAUGAUGGAGAUGUCGUCAAAGGGCAGCCUUCCUAUGGAAUCUUUGGAUUUGGAGCCAGAGCCGAGUAAUCCUUACAGCCCGCCCAGACAGCUCUCUUCAAAGCACGACGGAUACAAGUACAAAAGCAGCAGAAGCCACAGUUCUCAGUUGCUGGAUUACGGCUCUGGCUCCGACACUCCAGUCAGCCCAGCGGUGCUGAGAUUCUGGGAGGCCAAGGACACACUGGGACUCAAACUGACCUAUGGUGCAAAGAAACUGUGCAUCAUAGACAAGGAGCUGCACACCACUCGCUACGUGCUUCCACAACCAUACUUUGUCACCAACAGUAAGACAGAAGUGACAGUAUGAGG